AUGCAAUCUGCUCAGCCAGAUGCUGAGAAGGGAGCCAGCAGUCCGGAAGUUUCAAAGGAACCCUCUGGCUCACCUUCAAGAGGUGAGAGGCCAGAAACGGCAAAGCCGAAGGAAAAGACGCAAGCAACAGCCAAGGCUAAGGCCAAGGCCAAGACCAGAGCCAAGGCAAAACCACAAAGCAAGUCUCAGCAGGGCUCAGGUCCAAAUCCAAAGGAAGUCGCUUGGACGGGCUCGCCGGGCCAGCAGAAGCCUCGUCUUGAGCGCGCUCAAGUGCACAUCAAGAUGGAUGCCAGCGCCGCGAACGAGCAGGGUUCGAGGCGGAUGCUCGAGGCUGCGAAGGAGCCCCUGGACUGGGUAAGGAGCCGUGAGGCCAUGGUGCCCGACACCAUCUUUGUGAAUUUGAGGCCAUCCGCCUCGACAGAAGUGUUUGUGGACAAUCUCGAUGAUGGCAUGCUUUUCGAUGGUGAGGUCAAGUUGCAGGUUUAUCAUUUGGCCAAGGCAGUCAAGGCCAUCGGUCUUCCCAUCUACCACACCGGUGUUGAGGUCUAUGGUCUGGAGCACUACUUCUGUGUAAACGGUGUGGAAUCGUGCUGGCCACGAGGGUACGGACAAGGAGUUCACAAGGCAGCUGUACCGCUUGGUAAAACCAAGCUCAGCAACGCCCGGGUGGAACAGAUGAUUAAGAAGAUCAAGCCCAAGUGGCCCGGCAAGGACUACAAGUUGCUGAGCCACAACUGCCAAACCUUUGCUGUUGAGCUUGUGUCUUUGCUGCUGCCGGGAGUGGUCAUUCCAAGCGAGUAUCGUCGCUUCGCCGGUGCCAAGCCGCAGGCUAGCAAACCGGUGCUUGCGCGGCGAUACUGA